CCAACUUCCAAGUCCGGCCUGGCCGCCGCCGCCGGACAAGAAUCGUUGCCCUGAGAGAUGGCGGGGUCGGGUCCAGCACCGUCACCAGAGGGGCCGUCGGCGGCGGUGGAGGGUGAUCACCAGAAGGGUCCGCCCGCGCUGAUGCUGUUCGACACGAGGACGAAGAAGACGGAGGUUUUCCGGCCGCUCGUGGAGGGCAAGGUCGGCAUGUACGUCUGCGGCGUGACGCCCUACGACUUCAGCCAUAUCGGACACGCCCGCGCCUACGUAUCCUUUGACGUCCUCUACAGGUACCUAAAGUUCUUGGGGUAUGAGGUUGAGUAUGUGCGCAACUUCACUGAUAUCGAUGAUAAGAUUAUUAGGCGAGCAAAUGAAGCUGGUGAGACGGCAAGUAGUUUGAGUAACCGUUUCAUCAAUGAGUUCCUCCAUGAUAUUGUUGAACUUCAGUGCUUACCUCCGACUCGCGAGCCGCGAGUGACGCAGCAUAUAAAACAGAUAAUAGAUUUGAUAACCAAGAUAAUGGAGGAAGAUAAAGCCUAUACUAUUGAAGGAGAGGGUGUAUACUUCUCCAUUGAUAACUUUCCUGAAUAUCUUAGUCUAUCCGGAAGAAAGUUAGAAGAUAAUCUUCCAGGGUCACGAGUUGCUGUUGAUCCAAGAAAGCGGAAUCCGUUUGACUUUGCAUUAUGGAAGUCCGCCAAGGAGGGUGAGCCAUUCUGGGAGAGUCCUUGGGGCCAUGGAAGACCAGGAUGGCAUAUUGAGUGCAGUGCGAUGAGCAAACAAUAUUUAGGUCCAGCGUUUGAUAUUCAUGGUGGGGGAAGAGAUCUGAUCUUUCCUCAUCAUGAGAAUGAACUUGCCCAAAGCCGAGCAGCUUAUCCUGAAAGUGAAGUCAAAUGCUGGAUGCAUAAUGGCUAUGUCAUGAACAAUGGCAAGAAAAUGGCAAAAGCAGAUAAAAACUUCUUCACUAUCAGAGAUAUCAUUGCUCGAUACCAUCCCAUGGCUUUAAGGUUGUUCUUAAUGCGAACACACUACAGGUCUGAUAUGAACCACUCUGAUACAGCCCUUGAGUUUGCAUCUGGCCGUGUCUACUAUAUUUAUCAGGCUUUACAAGAGUGUGAAGAAGUUAUAUCCUUGUACCGUGGUGACAAGUUGGACGUCCCGCUACCAGCAUGCGAUCAGAAGGUGGUUGACGACAGCCACGAAAAUUUUCUGAAGCACAUGUCAAAUGAUCUUCAUACAACAGCGGCCCUUGAUGAGCUUAUGAAACCAGUCAGAGCAAUAAACAGUAACUUGAGUGAUUUGAAGAAAUUGCUGCAGAAACUAGAGCAGCAGAAAAAGGCACAGUCAGGGAAGAAGCAGCAGCAACCCAAACAGCCAGAGAAGAAAGAGCAGCAGCAGAAGAAGAACCAGGCAGAGGAGAAGCAGCAGGGACAUUACGUACAAGCUCUGGUUGCCCUGCAUGGCGAAGUCACGAGUAAACUGUCUCUUCUUGGGCUGAUGCCAUCAUCGUCAUCUUUGGCUGAGGUAUUGAAGGAACUGAAGCAGAAGGCUCUGAAGCGAGCGAGGAUGACUGAAGAGGAGCUGCAGCAGGUGAUCGAGCAGAGAAGAGUUGCGAGGAAGAACAAGGACUUUGCAGAGUCGGACCGGAUCAGAAGGGAGCUCUCCGCUCGGGGCAUCGCCUUGAUGGACGAGCCUACCGGGACUCUGUGGAAACCAGCUGAACCGGAGCUGGUCGAGGAACCCUUGGCGUCGUUGACAUUGCAAGCAGGGUGAUGUGUUCAUGUUCGCUAUAGAAUUAUAGCACAAAC